AUGUGGCGGCAGGGAGGAAGCAUUUACACGCGGAAGGUAGAGGGACAUGAGCAACAGCAGCCGGUGACGGCCGUCGCAACGCGCAUGGCGUCAGCAGGGAUGGUGAACUCGAAGCAGCACCACACCCGUUCUAGAGCGGAUGACGCGAAUCAUGAGCCGAAUGGUCGGGUGAUGGGCGAGGCUAGUCAUACCAGCCCUCAUGUUCCGUCGUCUCCUCCAACCGGUCCCAAUCGCAAGCCGCCCCUCAUUGACCAGAGUUCGCCAGAUCAGGGGAGCAAGCGUGAUGCAGCCACCAAGUUGAAGCCGUCGGCGGUGCUGACGCCACAAGGAAGUGAGCCGGUACUCAAUGCGCGGAGGCAGUGGUCGAGCAUUCCCACGCAGCAGUAUUGCUCGGCGAAGCGUGGACCAAUGUUCUCUCCCGCCUCGGUGCAUGCUGCUUCAUCGCCGCCGUCACCUUUGGUUCAUCGCUCCCCUCUCAAAGCGCAACAAGGAGCGAGCUUGGGCGCUGGCCUCCCUGGAAUGGUGCCGACGCCUUUCUUUGAUGGUGGUGUAGGACAGACUCUCGACAUGGAGGGAGAGCACGGGGACUCGUCACCCGAAGAGGGUGUAGGGGAUGCCGGAUUGGAGGAUACAGAAGUGUUACAGUUGAAGAGGCUGCUAGCCAGUGUUCGCCAGCGACGUGGUGGUGACAUAUCGGGUAUCCUUGCGGCCGCUAACAGUCGUGGCACUCCAUUGCUCGCUGCUGAUAGGGUAGAGGCGCUGGCGAGUAUUGACAGUUCUGUCCGCAGGCGCGAAGAACGUGGAAAGGCUCCCAUCACUCACGGUGGGAGUAAAUGGGACACGCAUGCAGCCGCGAGUAACCAACAUCAGGCUGCACGUACGGCUACUGGCACGCACCCUCAUGCUUUCACCAAUAACCAGCCGGAUCCACCCGCGUCGCCUCCCUCGCAGGCCCCACCCCAACCCCAGGCAGGUGGCCACGGGACGGCUGCUGCACCGCGCACUUGA